UGAAUCUCUUUGCCUUCUAGUGGACUUACAGCAGCUUCUUAAACGAUGACAACGAUUGACAGCGAUCUGAGGAGCACGUAUCACAGCUGGCAACUGGCAGGUUCUUCACAUUCACGAUGGCUACGACAGCGCGAUGACUUAGGCAACUCUUCUGCAUAACAUCCUUUAUUGAGGGCGACGGAACAGCGACAGUGGAAUCAGGAGCAGCAACCCAAUCAAAUUCAUACUCUCUUAGCUUUCGUAGUGCGCAGUUCCUCACGAUGUAUAAUGUAGGGUCAGAUUCAGGUUCGUUAUGACAAUAAUUUACAAUACAACAGCAAACAGCAGCAGCUACAAAGUGUACGUUUAAAGUGCUUCCCUUAACGAUCAAUGAUAAAAACAAUACCAAAUACCAAAACAGUUUUCCAGCCACUCACAGCUCUGACCAUAACUCUCUUCCAAUAUUGUUAUUAUUUACAUGGAACUUGCAGAGAAAACAUCGACAACAGCAGCAGGUGCAGCAUCGGCAUCAUCGGGUGCCGCUGCCAACAGCAAGUCGGGAUCAGCCGGAGGUGCAGGCGCAGCUGGUGCUUCGUCCAGUGCUGCUGGCAAGCAGGCUUUGCUGUCACGCAAUCUCUGGGUAUCCGGCUUGUCUACUUUAACACGCGCCAGCGACUUGAAGGCCAUUUUCUCCAAGUUCGGCAAGGUGAUUGGAGCAAAGGUGGUCACCAACACUCGCACUCCUGGCACACGCUGUUACGGCUACGUAACCAUGUCUUCGUCCGGAGAUGCCUCGCGCUGCAUUGAUAAUCUGCAUCGUACGGAGCUGCACGGUCGAAUUAUAUCAGUGGAGCGCACCAAGAAUGAAAUCGGGGGCAGCGCAAGCUCAUCCAAAGACGUUGGCAACAAGGGUAAUAACAAGACGAACAGCAAGUCCAGCAAUGACUCGAAGAAGAAGGAUGAUGAUAAGAAGUCAGGCGCCAAGGGCAACGGGGGCGAUGAUAAGAAGGGUGGCGACUCCAAUGGGGAUGGCAAGAGCGUAGGUGGGGAAUCUAGCAACAAGCGCGACGGCAAAGACAAGGACCGCAACGGCAAGCCAUCGCGUGAUGACAAGGAUAAGUCGACAACGGGCAGUGAUAAGCGCCACGAGCGUGAUCACCGCUCUGGAACGGGUCACAAGUCUCAGCACCGCGAUGAGUCGCACGAGCGUCGUUCGGCACGCCAACCUCGAGAUGACCGUGAGAUCCAGCAACGUCAGCGUGAGCGUGAGCGUGAGCGACGCCAACGCGAAAUGCUGUCCUAUCAGAAGAUUCGUGAGGAGCGGGAACGCCAGCGCCUGCGUGAACGCGAGCGUGAGCUACGCGAGGAGGAGCGACGCCGUCGCGAAGCACGUGAACGCCAGCGCAUUGAAGAGGAGCGCCUGGCAGAAGAGAGACGCAAGCUGGCUAUCGAGCGGGAGCGCCUUGAGCGCGAGAAGGCUGAACUGCUGCGUAUGGAGCGGGAGCGUCAGAAGCUGGAGCGUGAGAAAAUCGAGCUGGAGCGCCUUGAAUUGAAGCGUCAACAGAUGAAGUAUGAUAAACGUAACAGCGUUGCACACACAAUGCUAUCUAAAAAAAAAAAAAAAAAAAACAACAAACACAAUAUUU